ACAAGGUGUGCGGUUGUGCGCCCACAAACUAACUUUCACGUUAGUUUCUAUUCGAUGUUUUGUGUGUUUAGGUUGACCGUGAGAGGAGUAAAAAAUGCAAUGUAAGUUCUUGUGGAAUCAGCCUAAAGAAAACAAGAGUAACCAGACAAAAGGGGUACUGAAUUGCAACCGGUGGGAGUGAAUAUUGCUCCAUGGGAAUAUUCAGCUUACCCUGCAAGUGAAGCUACAUGCAGGGUUGGCAAAAGAGAAAGAACAGUCUCUCAUUUCGGGUUCUAAGACAGCCAAGCCCUAUUGUCCCGGUAAAUCUGUAAUCGUCUACGGAAUCCUGUAGGAGUUUAGAAAAAGGAAUUAUGCAGGAUUAUCACCGUUUGGGUUACUUUUGUGUGACUCUGAACCUCCCUGUGGUUACUCCUUUCAUUUAAACACAAAACUCAUGCUGUAAUACGAACAGUUAGGACUGAGUCAUUGUGUUGUGAGGUCAUACAAGGACCAGGUUGGCGUUUUUGGUGGGAACCGUUUUUGAGUGGACAGUUAUUCCUUUACAAAUGGUCAGGAUAGUCCUCGAGAAUGCAGAUGUAACAAUUCUUGUUGGAAGCAUGCAAUGCCUUUCUACUCUGUGGAUAUCUUUGUGAAGCUGUACAUGUAUCAACUAUCAUUGAUUCAUGCAGGAGCAAUUUAAAGUGAAUUACUACCUUGAACUAUUACUUAGUCCAAUUCUGGAGAACUACAAAAUGGACAAUCUGCUCUGAGGCGUUUGAGCCGAGGUCGUGCAAUGGCCUGAGAAUUUCACAUUAGAAACUUUUAUUACUGUUCAGUGAUGACCAAAGCGUAAUCAAGGAUAAUAAGUUCAAGAAACAAAUGCUUUUUCGUCCUUAAACAUGGUUACAUGUUUUUAUUUCAUUGUUUAGGCCAUGCAGAGGUUUAGCUGAACAUUCAACAAGUGCACCUAAUGUGUAACUGCUAUGUUCUUUCGAACUGUGGACACAAUGGACAAUCACUUCUUGGUUCCCCAAAGGAAAUGUUGUUUGUUUGGUAACAUUCUUUCACCACUGUCCACUCCAGAGUGUUGAUUCUUGCUGCAACGGCAGUCGCUUCUUGUGCGUUGUGUCUACCUGCAACGGCAUUCGCUUCUUGUGUGUUGUGCCUACCAUUAUAUUUACAAGGAUCCACAUGUACAGUACCUGUAGGUUCUUUUGUCUGGUGUAUUAUAGGAGAGAACAUGUACUGUACUCAUACACACUCCAGUUCUUUCAACAAACUUCUUUUUGCCCCCAGGUUUCACGCAUGAAAGGUGAUUGUGAACCAAUCCUUGCUCAGCUUUUAGAUGAAACUACAAAACCAUUUUGUGAUCAGAGAAUUUUGAUUGCUUGACUUUAAUACUGAAUGAAUUCAUGUGUGUUUAGUCCCUACAUUUACCUGAUUUAUGUUAAUAGGUGUGCACCAGGAAAUAAACUUGAAAUAGCAUGAUUGCAAUUUAAUGUUUGUCAAUUGCACAGAGCUUUUUAACAGGUAUUGUAUGUAGUCUAUAGGUUUGCAUCUCAUAGAAAACUUAACGAGGAAUAUCAGUGCUGCAGAUUUUCCUAGCCGUGUGGAGCAACUUGCCUUCUGCAACAGUUGCAACAUAUAGAGUGACUGGAGAUUGUACACCUUUACCAAUAGCUGCAUCUAGUGCCUGCAAAGGCAGGACAGUGAUCUCCAAGGUCUUGAAGGACAUCAUCUUCUUCAGGGUAUCUGCAACAGGUGCAUCACCUGCUGGUGUUGAUGAUCCAGCAAGGUUCCACAACUUCACCAAUAGCUACAGCAGGACAGUGAUCUCCAAGGUCUUGCAGGAUAUUGUCUUCUUCGGGGUGCUUCAUCUGCAACAGGUGCAUCACCUGCUGUUGGUGAUCAUCCAGCCAGGUUCCUGCUGAGCUUCCUUGGGACACCUUUGACAGGUGCAGCUCCUGCAUGCAGCCUGUUCUGCUGAUCCAUUCCGAUUGUUCCUACAUGCUGCCAGCUAGCGUCCUGGAAACUUGGAUUGAUACUCUGGAUAUAUAUUCUGACAUCUGGGAGGACUCCUGGACAAGCAAGCCCACAGGUAUCUAGCGAUGCUGAAAAGAAAAAUUGAUUCCUAAGAUUUCUGAACACCUGCCUAAAGAAGCUACUCUCGCCACCCCUAAGAGACUUGCAUUCAGACGCACUCUGAGGUAGCGAUUACCAUGACAACCGUGCCCUGAGACACCAUCUAAAGCUAGAUCAUCAUCGUCGUAUCAUGAACUUGGAAUAUAUGUGAAGUCUCUGUGGUAGUUUGGUUUACCAGUAAAGAGAAACCAGUCUUUAUACCUUCAGGGAGAUAUUUCCUGUCUCAUAGAGAAGGAAAAUCUCAAGGCGAGGAGGAAACUAUUGUUAUUACCUGGAUGUCCGUUCGUGGACCCUCGGAGCAUGUUUGGUUGCCAUAGCAAAGCCAUUUCCGUCGCAGAGGAAGAAGGAUUUGGACCAAACUUGACAAAAAUCUGCCUAAUCGCAGCCGAGGCCAUCCGUUCCCACUCACUAAAGCUUGCGUACUUUGAAGCACCUCGGGUAAUGUGACUGCCAUGUACCACUUUGAUACAUUGUUGAUGAAUCUCAAGUGUCAGCUUUGGUAAAAUUGACGCUAUCUUCAGUGGUUGAGUGUACCAUCCUUCUAUAAAGUGGUGGGCAACUGUUCUAUAAAAGGCCAUUGUCUUUUAAUUUGUUCCUGCAUGUACUUUUGACCCCAAUGGCAGGCCAUUGAAACCUGAAAGUUGCCAGAUAGCGAUCUAGAGACAACCAAAAUUAUCUGCUAAAGAUCGUUGGUUUGGACAUGAUGGGAAUAACCCUGACAAUAGCAGGAUAUCAAAUGUGUCAAAUAAAAGCAUUCUCUGAUUAUUAGAGUCAAUGAACUUUGAAGAGUCAAAACUCGGCACUAAUCUAAAGGCAGAAAAAAACAAAAAAAUUUCUGACCUAAAAUAAUUGAACUGCUAAUGAAUGAAUUAAAAUGUAGGGUGCCCUUUGCAUUGGUUAAAAUAUUUCAGAGUUUAAAAAUCUUCUUUGGAUGAUUUGGGGGAAGCAGAACAUGUUUCUAAUCUGAUUAUCCCACAUAAUUGGAAUGCUUGAAAGCUUCUUUUAAUGCUCAAUAUCCCAGUAAGAAAUAUAAUUUUUAGGUCAGUAGUCGUUUUCUCAGCUUGGCAGUAUUUUGUUUACUAUUUACAAUCUAUUUGGUGGAAUUCCAAUUAGCAAACGAGCUUCAAGAGGAGCAUCUUGUGGGAUGCUUUAGGGUGAAGUCAGGGCCACCAUUCUAAUCGAUUCAGUCCUUUUGUCUAGCCUGUGCAGAACAUAACCGAAGGCCGAGCAUAUUCCAUGUGGGACAGAAUCAACAGAGACAGGAAAAGGCUUGGAACCACUUAGGCGCUAAAAAUACCUGGCGAUGUUUGCGUUAGGAAAUUCUACCUGGUGGCAGAUAGAAGGGCAAACGUUUGCAACGUGGAGAAACAUUUUUUUGACAUGAUCAGGAAAUACUUGAGAUCAACAGUGAGAUCUUUGUCAGCUUGUACUUGUGAUGAAAUUGAGAACCAGUGAAGGCUCAAAGAAGACAAAAUUGACAGUGUUUGUGUUUAAUCUAAAAGGGACAUCCUGUCCUGUCAUUCAACAUUGAUGUAUCAUGUGAUGCAUUUGGAGAUAAAAAGAAAUGUUUGAAUAUAAUUGAUCCAAGACUGAACCAUGAGCAAAAGCUUUCCUUUAACAUAUUUUUUAUACAGGCACGUUAAAGGCAUAUUGCCAUUUAAAUUGGUAAAGAAGUGGUCAAUAUAAAUUCUAAAAGUACAUGAUGAAUUCCCACAGUCAUGCAAUAAUUAGCAGAUCUUGAAGGCUGUUGUUAAAACUAAAUCGCAAUGGAGGCACUUUUAAAAAGGCGAGCCACCAUGGAGAUAACAGAGAAUGGCUACCUCAUACCCAAUGCACACCUGGAUCAAUCCAGGCAGCACAGCUCCUUCGCAAAGUUGGACAGCCCUGCUACUGACCCUGCAGAUGACCAUCACUACGAACAUUUGGAUCCAGCAAAGUCGAGGCGAAAGAAGGGACGCACUUGGCGAAUUUUCGGAGAAGCGAAACGUAGGUCGCAAUCCCUUGGUCCCUCGGUCGGACAGCUGAUCCGUCGAUCUGUUGCGUCAAGUGAGCUGGAUUUGGAGAACCAUCGCACCUCCAAGUCAAAGACCACAAGGCACAAGAUGAAGUUGACUGAUAUUGUGAUUGUUGGUUCUGAGGGGGGAGGCCAAGAAGAGUCUCAAGUCUGUAGCUACAGGGGUCGAAAGAUGUCAAGUUCUUUGCCAUCUCCUGAAGGAAGUUAUUCUGUUAAUUCAGAAAUGUUUUAUGAGAGGAACGGUGGAGGGUUGGCGUCUCCUUUGAAUAGGAUACCAAGUAUUGGAUCGCUAGCUGCGGCUUCCACUCUGCCUCGAGGUAGGGAAGGUCAGCCUGCGCUUCCGCCGAGGCGCUACAGUGAAGGAAGGACACUGGUCUUGCAGCAAUCGCUGGACGAUUUUGCCUUACCAUCACGAACCCUGAGCGAACCAUCGGCAAGUUCAGCUGUGAUGGACGAUGAGCUGCAGCUUCUGAGACACAGGGUUGAAGUCCUUGAGAGGAGGUUGGCAGGAGAGUUAGAUUCUGAGGACUUCAAUAUAUUGCUUGAUGAUAGAGGAGAAUCGUCAACGGAUGAUAGAUCUGAGCACCAUCAGAUGCCAUCAGACUUGGAACAAAACACAUCGUCUAGAAGCUCUGGCACAUUUAGUCGGAGAAGGAGCUCAAGGUAUGCUAACCGGAUCAAGCGACAUUCGACUCCCAACCAACCAGUCAUUGAAACUUCUGCAGCUUCUACUCCCUCUCAGGCACAUCCUCAUGGAAGCUCUAAUGAAAGCAAGGAUGGUGAUAGAACAGGUAUCCCCCUCCAGAGACUAGAAUCCACCCAAAGCGAUGAUGUGUUCAUGGAUGAUACUUCUUCAAUGCCUCAGCGUUCUAGAUCAUGUCAAAGCAUAGAUAACCCUCCUAGAGUCGGCAAUCUCAAAGACAACACCAAGGGGCAGGACCCUUCCAGGGUCAAGAACCUUGGGUCCUACAAGAUCGAAAGAACCUCUGGUGCCCUUGUACUGAACAAAGUUAAAGAUCUGGGUGUUUCUCUUGCUUUGGACCAUCCUGCAGAAGUUCCAUCCGUUGUGCCAGACACCAUAUCUCUCACCACUCCUGGUGAAUCUACAACAGACACUGUGAAUGAAGGUGUCAUGCAACCUGCGAGAAAUUCAAGGGAACAAGUUGCCAUGUGUGAAACAAGACAGGCAUUUGUGGGGCAGGACAGAGCUACUGAAAUUCAGGAUGACUAUGUGAGUCGGACCCAGGCCAAGACCAAAAUGGCGAUGGAGCUACCCUUUGGGAAGACCAACGGGACCGCCAACGGGACCAGAACUGUUCCCAACGGCACCCUUGAAAGUCCUUCCCUCCCAGCGGCCCCGGAUAGUCCUGAUCUCGGGGAGCUGAUCAAUAUUAGAAUCAAGAUAGCCGAUACAGAAAUACAGAAAUCUGUAUGCUUCAGAAAAGAUGAGCGUAUAUGGAAUAUGAAGCAACAUAUUUUACAGUGCCCCGAUGUGGAGCUGCCAGACAGCCGUAACCAUGGUUUCUACAUGCUUCCCCAGAACAACAAAGCCGGCAAAUUUCUGGACGAGGAGCGUUUGAUCAGCGACUAUCCAAUAGAUAAAAAGAGACCCUACCUCGAGUUCCGGUACAAGAAGAGGGUCUACCGGCAGCUCAACCUGGAUGUGAACACUCUGAGGAAGUUCCAUACCAAGUCCACUCUGAAGCAGUUCAUGGACCACGUACGCAACCGCCACGUGGACAAGAUCAACAAGCUGGCCGACAAAGGGCUGGACCCAAACUUCCAUGAGGAGGCCACAGGAGAAACUCCCCUGACGAUUGCUGUUUCCAUGGACCGAUGCGAGGACGUUCUCAAGGCUCUGGUCAACGGGGGCGCUCAUCUAGAUUUCAGGAAUCGGCACGGCUUCACCCCGGUCCAUCGUGCGGUCCAGAAGGGCAACGUCAAGUCUCUUGAUAUCCUCCUCGAUCUUGGGGCAUCCCCAAACUCCAAAGACGACAGAGGCCUGUCGCCGCUUUACUACAGCAUCGUCACUGACUCAGGAACGCACAUCACAGAGUUACUCCUCAAAGACUGUGCAGAGGUCUCGCCUGUAGAUAGCCAGGGUUGGGGGCUCAUACAUUAUGCAUGUCGCUAUGGGCGUGUCCGAGCUCUCAAACUCCUCCUCCUAUACGGCUCUAACCUCUCAUUGGUCAACGAGGCAGGUAACACGCCCCUCCAUGUCAGCGCCCUCUACAGUCAGGAGGAGUGCGCGCUCAUGCUGAUGGACAGGGGGGCCGACAGAGUGGCCAAGAACAAGGCCAACCAGACACCCUUCCAGGUCGCCAUCUUGGCCAACAAUUUUGAGUUGGCCGAGUUGAUACGAAAUCACUCUGGUCAGAUUCUUGGUGCGUAUACCAAAAAACUUUCCUCACACGACACGCCCACCUUCAGCAAGCGAAGACGAUGGGCCAACUACGUCAACCAGACCCAAUCACUGAGCCAGGUCAGAGGUCAGGCAUUCCUGGAGCAGAGUGAGGACAAGUACGGACCCCAGUCCCGUAUGUCCCUCGCUACCAUACCCGGGUCUCCGGAAAAGAAAAGCCUUAGCAACGGAUCAGCAGGUGGGGCGAGUACCCAGAAAGCCCCCAUGAUACACAGGAGAAUAAAGGAAGCCCCUAAGGGGCGUUACUACAUCGCUAAGCAGAACUACUCCGCUCAAGAGGUCGGUGAACUGUCCUUACACAAGGGUGAUCACGUAGAAGUGACGGCGAUCGGUGAAUACAACUACUGGCAGGGAUCAGUCGCACAUAGCAUGGGAUGGUUUCCAUCAUAUUGUGUAGAAGCAGUUUCACCCAAAUACAAGAAAAGCUCCAGCAAGCUGAAUCUAGCCGAAGAUGUUCCAAUUUCAAACAGUGUGCCCUCGUUUGAUGGAGCUGAACAAGAGCAGAACUCCGAUCCUAGAAUCGCUUGUGUUCAGAGGGGGAAGAAGGGCUUUGGCUUUGUCCUUCGUGGAGCUAAAAGUCCUCAGGGCGGAGCAGUAUCCUUCACCCCUACCAAAGACUUCCCCGCCCUCCAGUACCUGGAACAUGUGGAUAAGGGUAGUCCUGGAGACAAGGCGGGGCUCAAGAUGGGAGACUUCAUAUUAGAGAUUAAUGGUGAAGAUGUAUCGUCAGCCCCUCACCAGUAUGUGGUCAACCUGGUGGUCAGCUCACCAGAUACCAUUGUCAUCAAGAUCAUCACGGUGCCCAACUCCAAGGCGUAUUCCUGGCUCAAAGAGGGCGGCACACUCAGACGAUCAGGAAACGGUCCGCAUCUUCCAAUAAGCACACCAGCCACCAAAUCAAUCGCCAUCUCCAGUCAAGACCAGAAUUCCAACAGUCCAAGCAUUCCUGUCAGCACACCAACAACAAGGUCUAUCUCCAUCUCAAGCCAAGAGCAACAUGCUGUUGAUGAACUGGACAAAGCAAUAGACAGCGCAAGCACAACUCCAAAGUAUGUUUCACCUGCAUCUUCUCGUUGUUCCAGUAUACAAGAAGAUGAGCCUAAAACCGCAUCGAUACGCAAGCGUCCCAUCAGGCAAGUGAGUCAGCAACAACUUAAAGGAAUAUUCCAGCGACAGGGGAGUUCAUCAAGCGAGACCAAUCUGAAUUCCAUGCCAGACGAUGCCUUUGUUCAAAAACCAGCAGUGCCUGUUCUACCCUCAUCCAAAUUUAACACAGUUGCAAGAAUGUCGAACUCUAAAUCUCCACGUCAACAGAGCCUGGAGGAGAUCCACAGUUCAGUAGCUCGCAGGAGCUCUGGCGGGUCAGAUUCAGCAGUUUCGUCAUUGCAUUCAUCGCCCGCAUCGUCAAAUUCGUACAUGACAGCUUCAAGUGUCACGGACAGUGCUGUGCAUUUGAAAACGGAGCGUACAGCUUCCAAUCCCUCCCUAGCGAUGGACUUAAAGAAUGUGAGCCCAAAAUCGUUGCAAGGAACUGCUAAGAAGCCAAGUCCUAUGCCUCCAACGAGGUCCCAGUCCCUUAUGGAUAUCUCUAUUGCAAACUCAGUGAAUAAUUCACCAAUGUUGAGACGUGCCGGUGACGGUGACACCCUCCAGAGACGGCCCAUCGGGAAUGGUGUAUCACCUAGCUCUUCUACAAUGGCUGUCGAAAUCGAGGUUCACAGGUCUGCAAGUGGAAAUGACUCAAGUGAUGAUUCAUCAAGUACAGGUUCCUUUGCCAGUGCCAUUGCGCUAGCAGCAGCCAAAAUGGAAAAGAAGAAAGAGAGCGAAGAACCAACACCUCAGAAAUCCUCUGCCUUUGAGAUGGCCAUGGCUGCUAAACAAAAUUAUGCGCAACCAACAGGGGAAGGGCAGAACUUGAACCGUAAUCAAAAUCAAAAUGUUGAGAGUCCUUCGUCAACGCAGGUUGCGCUGCAAGAAGCUAUAGCAAAACGAAAGCAAAGACUUGAAUCAGUAAGCGAUAAUAAAUCGGGUAAUAUAGAGGAUACGAUACGCAAGUAUAAACAGCAAGAUAGAGCUGCGCGACCUAAAACGGGGCAGGCUGCCUUCUUGGAUGCGAUCGCUAAGAGGCGAAGCAUCGUGGAAUCGCAGAGCCCAAGCUCCGAGGAGGAAUCAUCGAGUGAGUCCAUGCCCAGCUCACCGAUGGGUCGAUUCCCACCCGUGAAGCCUUCAAAUGCCCGGAAGACCAGUCCUGCAAAUAAUUCCAGACCAAGCGGAAAUCAAAUCGCCGAAGCUGCUAGUGCCAUGCAGAACAAGAUUGCUAGCAGACCACCAAUAAAGGAAGAAAAGAGUCGGCAUAAGAAUGUCAUCCGUGUGUCCCCAAGAAAUAAGAAUGAAGACUCCACGGACAGUUCGGAUGGCGACGUUCCACCCAUCUCGGUUAAAAACUUGAAGCAGAGCUUCGAGAAAUCGAAGAAGCUCUCACCUCGCGAUUCCAAAGCGCUGUUACUUUCCCCUGUCAGGGAGGAUGAAACCUUUUUAAACUCCCCAAUUCCACCUCCACCUGCCUUCCUGGAGAACGACACGUCCAACCUGACCUCCGAGAAUAUGACCCCAGAGAACUCACAUCAACUGGACAUUGAUAUACUGCCUCCUCCACCAAGUUUCAUAGAGGACGGCGACCAGGGCAAGUUCCGCCGUGAACAACCGUUCGACACGGCCAGCAUGGUGUCAUCGGUGUCAUCGGUAUCGACGAUGUCGAGCUACAGCACGAUGUCAACAGAUCCGAGCAGUAACGAUGGUUUUGAACCGAUCGGAGAGGAGUCGCACAGCAACAGCAACACCUUGAGGUCGGAUGUUUCAUCAUCCGGGUCGUCAUCUUCGACGCUGACGAUGAUGUCGACGGGAGAGACCAAUGAUAAUUGGAUUAAGGCGGCGCCCCCUGUUGCCACGAAGCCGUCUAAGAAGAGUCUGAUCAACGACAACGACAUCACCAAUGGGGUUACCAAUGGCAACGAUAAUCACAACCCAUCUCAAGCUAUAAAGAGCGUGUCAGAAUGGACGGUAGAAGACGUGAGCGAUUGGCUUGAGGAGCUGAACCUUGGUGAGUACAAGGAGAGCUUCACAGACAAUGCAAUCAGCGGGGAGCAUUUGACCUCUCUCGGCAAGGAAGACCUUUCGGAGCUGGGGGUCAAGAGGCUAGGUCAUAGGUUAACCAUCAUCAAAGCGCUUCAAAAACUGCAGAAUCAGUGAAUUCCAUGAGGUUUCCUCAGAGUGGGGAGCAUUUGACCUCUCUCAGCAAGGACGACCUUUCAGAGCUGGGGGUCAAAAGGCUAGGUCAUAGGUUAACCAUCAUCAAAGCUCUUCAAAAACUGCAGAAUUAGUGAAUUCCGUGAGGUUUCCACAUAUUUUGUAUCAUGACAUUAUAUUGUACUUUUGAAAUUUACUUGAAUAGAUGACACACGUGCCUGUGAUGAUGAAGAGGUCAUUUCAAGGGUCAAAGGGGAAAGGUCGAAUGUCAUCGGUGCAUCCAUAGAUGCAUGUAUAGGGAAAUCUAUUUUGCUUUACCCUCUCACAUCGUCUAAUAAUAAUAUGCUCUUCUGUAUGACUUCUCUCAGAAGAUGUGAUGGUAGACGGGUCAAGGGUCAAAGUUUGGGGGUCAUUAUUUGGAUCCUUUAAACAGAUGAAAUCCAUAUGUGGCUUUUUAUACUACUCUAUAGAAUGAUGGGCUGUUAAACUGCUAGCGUAUGUAUCCCAGUUUAAUAAAUAUUAUUGUGUUAUAGCCUGCAGGUAUAGAGGUCAAGUGUAAACAGCAUUCUUAAAAGGUAUAAUACAAAAUUGCAAUCUCCAUUUGUGAUAACAUAUGUUCAAGUAUCACAGGGGUUGGUUUGAAAUUACACAUCGUCUGCAUUGCACACACACCCACACAAAAUAUUCAAGUUGUCUUCCCUUCACACAAAUCGAACCUUCCUUUUCAACUACAUUUCAGAAAAUUAGGGAUGUAGAUGUUAUUGUUGUGCGUUGUAAAUCUUGAGCUGCAAAACAAUUGAUCUGUUAUUAAAGGCUAAGCCAAAAUGGGCUUCAUAAUGUAGUGGCAUAACAAGUCUUUUUGACAGAACACCAUUAAAAUACAAAUUGGUAUUCUAAGUGGUUAUCUGCAGUGUACCAAUAUAUGAUCCAUGGAAGGGUACAUUUUCUUUGCAUGGGGAGAUUGAGUGCAGAUACAUUGUCAAUUAUCUCAUCCAUAAAUCUUUUUUGUUAGUCUUUUAGGAAUUGCAGAGUAGACCAAUUUCUGAAUUGUCCCUUGUCCCACACAAAAAAGGAGAUACAUUUCCAAAGAUACACAAGAGUAUACAUAAAUGUGCAUUCAUAUUUGUAAUUUAUUUGUACUUUUGUAACAAUCUGAAAUUUAAGUUAUGUGUCUUUAACAAAUGAAUUUCCAAACUACCUUGCUAUAGAAUAUGUCAUUAUUAUGAACCAGUCCAAAAAAUUAUUGUGUUUUAUGUUUUAAAAUAAAUUCCCAUCGUAAGAUGAUUGAGGUUUUUUUAAGUUUAUUGAUUUCAACUCAGUGGAACUAAAAUAUUUUUGCUGUGAUAAAUAGAAAUAGUUAACAACUUUUGAAUGAUUAAUAUCCUGGUUUAGCUAUAUGAACAUGUAGAUCAUAUGAAAUCCACAAAAUUUAAUGGGAGCCAGUAACUACUGUGAAAUCCAAUUUUAGAUUAGUAUCGGUGGUGUGCAUGGAAUUUCAAAUGUGUCUUCCAAGAGUGACUUUUGAUCUAGCUUUAACAUUAAUUAAUCUCUAGUCAAGAGAGUUAACAUUAUAGAAGUGGAGAAUGAGAAUAAUUAAUGCCAAUUAGAGGAGGGAAAUGUGAUUCAUUUACAUUUAAACACUUGACUUCUUUGGGUUUAAAGAUUGCACAAUGAAAAUAUACAUUAAAAUGGGUAGAUGCACAGUUUGUUGCUAAAAAACUUUUGAUUUAAUUUGAAUGAGGAAAAAAGCUCUCCUAUAAAAAAUAAUAAAACUGCUUUUAUUAAGGAUGCAAAGCUAGUGAUAUGUCUUUUUGAAGUAUCUACCUUGAUCUCAAAAUAUUGGUAGUUUCUCACUUUAUAAAAUGAUUGAAAGCAAAAAAAUAGGUCUUAACAAUUCAUAGUUUUUUGUAAGGGGGUGAAACUAAGCAUUGUAGUAGACCUGUCAUGUUCCAUUUUCUCCUUUUUGUCACGAGAUUUCAUAUUCCAUAUUCUUAAAAAUACACUCAAGCAUAAUAUAGUGACAUGUUUUGAACGAUUAUUAAGCCACAUUUUUUGUUUAAGGCAGAACACAUUUCUAUCAUUCCUGUACGCUUCCUAUCUGUACUGUGCUGUUAAUAAUAUUGCUUUCGUAUGAAUCAUUUCCAAUUGUCACUUGUCUCUGUUUUAAAUGAAGGUGGUGAAUCGAUUUUGCAGGCCUACUCGGUAAAAUCCAUAAAUCAGUUGUAUAAUUAUUUAUGACGAUAUUAUACAAUGUCAUAGGAGUGUGCAAGCUUUCUGUAGCAUCCUCUGUACAAUAAUGUAAAUCUGACUUUUUAUUUUUUAGUGGGAAUGAUAGGUUCUUGGCAGAUUUGCCAGUACUCAAUAAUUUUACACUAUUCUUUUUCAUUUAUUUAAAAGAAUUAUGGAACAUUUAUGUUGUAUUACUGCAGUAUGGCAAAUUUUAUGUGUUUUCUGGAGUUUGCAAAAUUCAGACACUCCCUGUUAUCAAUUUUAUAAGAUAAUUUUCAAACACAAGAAUAUAAAUUUAUCAUUAUCACUGCACCAUUCCAGUUGUCAACUCAUAAUCAGACUUGAAAUUACAAAAAAUAGAAGACAAAAAUAGUAAUGUCUUAUUUAUAGAGGUGCAAUCCUACAGAUUCGCAAUUCAACUUCUAAAGAAUGCCUGACAAAACAGGAUAGAAACUGGUUUAUUAUCCAGAAGAAAUGUUUGAUUAUUGAAAUAAACUGUUUGAUUAAGAUUUAAUUGUCUUUGCGAUAUAAAUACAGGUACAUAGAGUGUGAGGAAUACAGUGAGGAAUUAUUAUUUUCAGAUGAUGGUGCAAAAUAAUCAUGACCUGAAUUUUCUAUUCAUCCAGUAUCUGCUAAUUAAUUAUGAUCGGUAUCACCAUAGUCUCUUGUAAUGCUGACUUGUAGACUGUAUGUCAGCGAUACAGUGAGGAAUUAUUAUUUUCAGAUGAUGGUGCAAAAUAAUCAUGACCUGAAUUUUCUAUUCAUCCAGUAUCUGCUAAUUAAUUAUGAUCGGUAUCACCAUAGUCUCUUGUAAUGCUGACUUGUCCAUCAUAUCACAAAUUAGCUUUUCACAAGCAGUCACAAGCCUGCAUUGUCCUCGUAUAUCCCUACAUCAUCUUUAUAUUUACAGGCAUUAGUGACAAAACGCUAAAUAUAAUAUUCUAUUCCUAUAUGUCUGUUUCAUAUAUAUAAAAAAUGAAAACAAUGUUAGUCUUCUUUUUUUCUUCAAAUAUGUAGAAGCAAUUCUUUCUUUUCUGGAAUUGCAUUUUGUUUGAAGUGAUGUUUUGUAAUAACCUCUCUUGUGUAUCAUCUCAUUAUAUAUAUGUAUUAUUCAGUUGCAUUUGUGUUGCAUAUUAUUUGCAUUUGUUUACUUGAAUUCCGUACACCCUAUAUAUGUAUUUAUUUCAUUACAAAAUUUGUCUAUGAUAUUUAUUGGUUUAUACUUUAUAUACAUGUGAAGUUGCAGAGAAAGUAUAAGAUUUAUUAAUGCUGUUGCAUGAGGAUUAAACAAUUAUGGAAGGACAUGCAGAACUCUAUGUAAAUAUUGGUGAAUUGUCAUCUACAGAAAUACUUUUAAAAUACCUAAAUCAAUAAUUUUGUGCAAAGAUAAUGAAACAAAAUAAAUUAUAUAAAUUGCUAUUACAGAAUAAUGUGUACUUGAAAAAGUGCUAAUUGAUAAGAAAAUAUGACAGAAUAUUUUGUUUGAUUAUAUAUGUAAUUGAUUUUGAAAGAAAAAGAUAACUUUUGAUGAUAUAAUAUGAGCGGGCUUCUCUUGUAUAAAAUGAUAUUGAAAAAAUGUAUUUAUGUAUUAUGUGAAUUCAGUUCUAGGAAUUCAAGAUGUUCAUAUACCUUGCCUCUUACGUUUUUGAUUGAUUUCAACUUUUUUGUGACUAUUUGAAACCGGAAAUUCAGAAAUUAUAUACAAAGCCAUGAUACCUGUAAAUCUUCCCUUGUAAUGAUUAUGUUUUAUAGUCGUAGUUAUCAUGCAUUGGAUUCUGAUUUCAUUCUGAAAAGACAGGAAGAUUAAAGAAAUAAAAAAGAGAUAUGAAAAAGUUUAUUCUUAUAGUCAAGAGAAAAUAAAUUUGGAAAAGAUGCUA